CUCUGGAACUUACGACAGGCUGGUUGCUGGGUGUUGCUAUUUCGCAAGUUAUUUUCACACAGUAGGUCAACCACAAAGAGGAAACUGCACCAUCACCGACACACAAGAGAAAAAAAGGAUCACACAACGUCUGCCGACAGAGAAUGGACACAGAAUGUCUCUACUGGAAUUAUUCCUUAUUUUUGUGCUUCAGUUUGAAGCGGGCGUCAGUGGAGUGCUCCCUCUCUACCAAGUACCUGGACAUGAUGUCACUCUGCCCUGUGCCAGUGCAUCAUCGUCUGACACAACAUGCUCCAUGGUUUCAUGGCUUUACAACAGAGAUCGAUCUCAGACUUUCUCUGAGGUUUUGAAUGGAAAUGUUCUGAAGAGCUCAGCCCGAGCUGCCAGGCUGAGUCUGGACACUAGCUGCUCUCUGGUCCUUAACGACAUCACUGCUGAGGAUGCUGGUCGCUACACCUGUUGGCAGGGGAGGAACACUGAUCAGGAUGUACAUAUACAUCUCAGUGUUCUGACACUCUCUCCAUCUCCACCAGACGCUGAUCCAAAGAGGGACGGUGAAGUCACAUUAGAGUGCUCUCUGUUGAGAUACAGGGGUUCUUGUCAGCAGAACAGCAUCCGCUGGGUGAAUGAGACAGGAACUGUGCUGCUUGGUGAAGGUGUUGGGUACAAGUUCCUCGGACAGAUGAACUGUGUUUCUGUUCUGACUGUGAAGCGUCAGAGUGGCCACAACAGGAGAUACGCCUGCCAGUUUGUUAAUAUGGAGAACAAUGUAGAGAUAGAGGCUGACUACACACCUGUCUUCACAGAUUCCAGAGAUUGGUCUCCUCUGAACAACUUCAUGUUGGCUCUGCGAAUUGCAGGACUGAUCCUAAUGAUUGUAAUCACUGUUCUUGUCAUCAGAGCGAGAGGUGAGGAAAUUCAGACCAUAAUUUGGUAGAACUGGUUCAUAUAA